AUGAAGAAUGGUGGGUUGCGUCCGAUCCUGGACCUCGGCUCACUCAUGAGGCUCAGGUUCAGGAUGCUCAAUCUCAAAGAGAUUGUGUCUCAGAUCAGGUCAGAGGACUGGUCUGUCACGAUAGACCUGAAAGACACAUACUUCCAUAUAGCCAUCCUUCCCGCACAUGGGAGGUUCCUGAGGUUUGCUUUCGGGGGCGAAGCUUACCAAAAUCGGUUCCUCCCAUUCAGCCUGGCGAUAGAUCCUCCUGUGGUCCCAGGACAAACUCCUCUCGCUGAGAGCCGUUUACAUCCUGGGACAGUUGAAUUGCAGAGCAGAUGCCCUGUUGAGACAAUGGCCGAGGCCUGGGGAAUGGAGACUUCACCCCAAGGUGGUGGAGCAGAUAUGGCAGAGGUUUUACAGAGCCCAGGUGAAUCUGUUUCCGACUCGGGAGACUUUGCACUCCCUCCAGGAGAAGCAGAACUGGCUGUGACGAACCUCCACAGGACGAGUCUGUGGAGGAAUUCGGAGAAACUGUUCGUCUGCUAUGGCCCUAAUAGGAAGGGAUUCCCAGCCAAUAAGCAGAUGUUAAGCUCCUCUUGUGAGGACCCGAGGACUCCUCUUUGUUCAGCUGCUGUGGUUCUUCUAACAGUGUGUGGAAAUCUGCUCGUCAUCAUCUCUGUUCUUCACUUCAAGCAGCUUCACACACCGACCAACAUGCUCGUUCUCUCUCUGGCUGUGUCGGAUUUCUUCAUCGGUGCUUUAGUGAUGCCGCCGAUGUUAAUCUGGACGAUCGAGUCGUGCUGGAUUUUUGGGAAAAGCUAUUGUGUUGUUUUUUUAAUGACUACUGGAUUCCUCAUGAUUGUGUCCACAUACAAUAUCGCUCUCAUCGCUGUGGAUCGUUAUGUGGCUCUUUCAACCCCAUUUUUCUACACAAACACAAUCUCUGUUAGGUUUAUGAGAGUUGUGGUUUAUUUGAACUGGUCUCUAAAUUUUGCAUAUGGUUUAGCGCUCACUUAUUUCAAUGGAAUUUUCAAGACUCCUGUAACAUGCCCUGGAGAGUGUUUUCUCAUUCUGACUGAGAUUUGGACUGUAAUUGAUCUUGUAAGAUCAUUUAUAUUUCCACUUUCUGUCAUAAUCAUAUUGUACAGUCUGGUUUUUCUGAUUGCUAAGAAACACGCCACUGCUAUCAGAGAGCUUAAUAAUCACACACGACCUCAAACACAGAAAAUCACCUCCCACUCCAUGAAAUCUGAGAGAAAAGCAGCCAAAGUCCUCGGUAUUUUAGUGGCCGUGUUUCUGGCGUGUUUACUUCCUUAUUAUAUUUACAGUUUAUUAGGGAAUGUUAUUGAAGUACAGGGAGAAAUCAUUCACAAAGUUUUGACCAUGCUUUGUCUGAAUUCCAGUAUUAAUCCGAUUAUUUAUGCUCUGUUUUAUCCGUGGUUUAGGAAGUACUUUAAAUUAAUUCUAACUCUGCAAAUAUUCCAAACAGACUCUUCAUUAAUCAAUGUUUUUUCUUGA